AUGUUGUCCACCGUCUACGUUGCCUUCCUCUUUGCUGCCACUGCCCUUGCCACACCUGUCCGCCACUUGCAGGAAGCUGGACAAGCGGGUGAAAACCAUUACCUCCAGGCCACGUCCAACCCAUUGGGCAGCACCCUCAACCGCGGCGACUCCUCGAACUCCGCCUACAGCCGCCAAACCGGCACCACGUACGGCAGUGGCUACAACAAUGGUUUACUCGCUUACCCCGGUGGGAUUUUACCCCAGGCCGGCCCGGGUGCCACGUUCGACAGCGUUGGCACGGGCUACAACCCCACCGUCGGCAACAACGGGCCCUUCUACAAGAAAUAG